AUGGCAAUCGGUGUUCAACAAAAGGCAUCGACGCCUGUAGACCUCGGAAGUGACCGCGAGUCAACCAAUCUUGAGAAGACAAUCGGCACUUUGAGACGGUGUCUUCAGAUUGCCGGAGUAUCAAACAAGCCAGGAAAUCGUAGUGCCAAAAAUUCCAUCAGUGAAGAUUCGAACGAUCUAACUAUGGAAGAAUCAGUCCCAGAAGCUUCGAAAUGGCCACACUGCCAACACAUGAUCAGUCAAGAUGAGGCUCCGCGUGGUGAUGAGAUGGCUGGACCAAAUAUUCGUAUAUUGCCCUACAAGGAUGAGGCACAAAUCAAUGAUAUUAUGCGUCUGAUCACGAAAGAUCUCAGUGAGCCGUACUCCAUCUAUACCUACAGAUACUUCUUGCACAACUGGCCAGAGUACAGUUUCUUAGCUUAUGAUCAAACGAGCAACACAUACAUCGGAGCGGUUUUGUGCAAAUUGGAAAUUGAUAUGUUCGGACGUCGUAAAGGAUAUCUCGCCAUGUUGGCUGUUGAUGAAUCUUGCCGUCGUCUUGGAAUCGGAACUCGUCUUGUUCGUCGUGCUAUCGACGCAAUGAAAUCGAAAGGAUGUGAUGAAAUUGUACUUGAGACUGAGGUUUCCAACAAGAAUGCUCAACGUCUUUACAGCAAUCUGGGAUUUAUUCGCCAGAAAAGACUUCUCAAAUACUAUCUCAAUGGAGGUGACGCUUUCCGUCUCAAACUCAUCUUCACUUCUCGCCGCGUUCGCUCUGUGAUCAAUAACGAAAACGCACAGCCGCGGUGUCGGGUCAACGAGGACGAUACUCCGGACGAGGAGGAAGGAAAUUAUUAA